AUGUCUAGUCCGAAAAGUAACAAGCCGAAGAUCGUCAACGGUCCUGGUGGUUAUAUACUACAGGACGUUCCUCAUCUCAUCGAUUACCUGCCGGAUCUUCCUACUUAUCCAAAUCCAUUACAAGACAAUCCAGCUUACUCUGUGGUCAAGCAAUACUUUGUUGAUGCAGAUGAUAGUGUUCCUGAGAAGAUUGUAGUCCACAAGGAUGGUCCAAGAGGAAUCCAUUUCAGACGAGCUGGUCCACGCCAAAAGGUUUACUUUGAGUCUGACGAAGUCCAUGCUUGCAUUGUCACAUGUGGAGGUCUCUGUCCCGGUCUCAACACCGUGAUUAGAGAAGUCGUUAGCAGCUUAUCAUACAUGUAUGGAGUAAAGAGAAUUCUUGGAAUUGAUGGUGGAUACAGGGGAUUCUAUGCCAAGAACACUAUCCCGUUAAACUCCAAAGUCGUGAACGAUAUCCAUAAACGAGGAGGAACAAUCCUCGGGACCUCACGAGGUGGACAUGAUACCACAAAGAUAGUUGAUAGCAUUCAAGACCGAGGAAUCAACCAGGUUUACAUUAUUGGUGGAGAUGGAACACAGAGAGGAGCUUCAGUGAUAUUUGAGGAAAUUAGAAGACGUGGGCUUAAAGUUGCUGUUGUUGGGAUUCCAAAAACAAUUGACAACGACAUACCGGUGAUAGAUAAAUCCUUUGGGUUUGACACUGCUGUGGAGGAAGCUCAGCGAGCGAUCAACGCAGCUCAUGUUGAAGCUGAGAGUAAUGAGAACGGUAUCGGUUUUGUUAAGCUUAUGGGUCGUUACAGCGGAUUCAUAGCGAUGUAUGCGACGUUAGCAAGCAGAGAUGUUGAUUGCUGCUUGAUUCCGGAGUCACCAUUUUACCUGGAAGGAGAAGGUGGGCUCUUUGAGUUCGUAGAGAAACGGCUCAAGGAGAAUGGUCACAUGGUGAUUGUUCUUGCUGAAGGAGCAGGACAAGAAUUGAUGUCCAAAAGCAUGGAGUCUAAUACGGACGCGUCUGGUAACAAACUUCUUAAAGACGUUGGCUUGUGGCUAGCGCAAUGCAUUAAGGAUCAUUUUAAGAAGAAUAAGAUGGUGAUGAAUCUCAAAUACAUUGAUCCUACAUACAUGAUCCGGGCGGUUCCAAGUAAUGCAUCAGACAAUGUUUACUGUACACUUCUUGCUCAGAGCGCGGUUCAUGGUGCAAUGGCUGGUUACACUGGCUACACCAGUGGUCUUGUCCAUGGAAGACAAACAUACAUCCCUUUCUACAGAAUAACAGAGAAACAGAACAAUGUAGUGAUUACGGAUAGGAUGUGGGCGAGGCUAUUGUCUUCUACGAACCAGCCAAGUUUCUUGGGACCUAAGGAUGUAACUGAAGAGAAGAAAGAGAUGCCGGAGACGCCGCUUCUUGACGGUGACGGUCCUGUCGAUAUUCCUCCGGUGACUAAAGAGAUUACUAAGUGA